AUGCUCCGCCCCCACUCCCCUUCGGAAUAUCCUUCAAUCCUGUUGUAUGUGUUGGAUGAGACACAUAUAACGGUCACCGCCGCCACGGCGUUGACCAUCUUGUUUACUCGUGAUGCUCAUGUCGUUUGGCUCGCGCUGGGAGCGCUUUCAUCUUCUUUAUCAGCGAAGAUGCUGAAGAAGAUGAUUCGCCAACCCCGUCCUCCACCCCCACCAUCCUCCUCCAAACCCUCCAAAAUCCGUCCCAAAAAGACCUACGGCUUCCCCUCAACCCACUCCUCCGCCCUAUCCUUCUACUUCUUUUACCUCCUCCCCCUAUUCUCUUGCCUACCUACUUCCUCAUCCAUACACUUCUCUCCCGAGGUUCAGAGAUGGGGCGCCGGAGCAGCUGUCACGAGUUAUUGGGCUGCGGGGCUGUGGAGCAGGAAAGAGCUGGGGUACCAUACUUGGGGACAGAUUUUGGCUGGGGCGGCUUGGGGAGGGGUCGUGGCUUGGGCAUGGGGGGCGGUGUGGGAAAAGUUUGCUUUGCAGGGACCGGUGCAGGGGUUGAUAGAUGGUAUUUGGGGAGCGACCGUUGGACGUUUGGUUUAG